CUCAAGGCCUCACUCCUCAUCAGAGCAUCGACUUCAUUGAUCUUCUUCCAUCUCUCAUUAUCUGAGCACCUUGCAUUCAUCACACUUUCACAAUGGAGAAGAACUUUGUCGACCUCACAAAGGAGGUAACUCCUUCUCGCCUCGAACUCGAAGAUGUCAACCUCGACCUGAAGAUGCAAGGUUCCAACCUCAAUCUUGCAGCGAAGGACGGCACUGAUCUCGAACAUCACCUUGCUCCAUGGCAAGCAAUUAAGGCAUACCCUAUGGCUAUCUUCUGGGCCGUCCUCGUUUCCAUGUGUGUCGUUAUGGAAGGCUACGAUACCAUUCUCAUCGGUAACUUUUACGCUUACCCUACCUUCGCCAAGAAGUACGGUACUUAUUUCCCAGGGGUCGGCUAUCAACUGACAGCUGCAUGGCAAGCCGGUCUCGGCAAUGCAUCAGGUGUUGGUGCGUUCUUUGGUGUUUUGCUUAAUGGUUACCUCGUGGGUGUCUUUGGUCAGAAGCGUGUUCUUCUCGGAUCUCUCAUCGCCCUCUCCGGACUUAUCUUCAUCACUUUCUUCGCCCCAAACAUCAUCGCCUUAACUAUUGGAGAGGUGCUUUGCGGUCUGCCAUGGGGCGUCUUUGCAUCUGCGGCUCCUGCAUAUGCCUCCGAGGUUUUGCCUUUGUCUCUCAGAGUCUACUUGACCAGUUACACUAAUAUGUGUUUCAUUAUCGGUCAACUCAUCGCUGCCGGAGUACUUGACGGAUGUCUGAGCAUUACCAAUGAAUGGUCUUACAGAAUUCCCUUCGCAAUUCAAUGGACUUGGCCUGCUUUCCUCUUCCCAAUCCUUCUCUUUGCCCCUGAAUCUCCAUGGCACUUGGUUCGGAAAGGCCGCCUCGACGAAGCCGAGCACUCUCUGAAGCGUCUCGUCCGCGCUUCUUCUGGCAUCGACACCAAGCACACUCUUGCCGUCAUCGUUCAUACCAACAAUCUCGAGGGAGAGCUUUCCACAGGUACCGCUUACGUCGAUUGCUUCAAGGGUCCCGAGCUCCGUCGAACUGAAAUUGCAUGCGUGGCUUUUGCAGGCCAGAUUCUGUCUGGCUCAUCAUUCGCCUACAACUCGACAUACUUCUUCCAACAAGUUGGUCUCAACACUUCAACCACCUACAAGCUGAACACUGGUGGGACUGCAAUGGCACUUUUCGGAACAUUGGUCGCUUGGUUCGCUCUCAUGCCAUACCUUGGUCGCCGCACCAUUUACCUAUGGGGCAUGUUCACCAUGUCAGCAAUCCUCUUCACGAUCGGUGUCUUGAACGUCAAGACCAACGAGCACGGAAUCGGGAUGACGCAAGCUGUUCUCACUCUCCUCUGGACUCUCACUUUUCAAUUGUCGGCUGGACAGCUUGGCUGGGCUCUACCUGCUGAGAUGGGAUCUACUCGACUCCGUCAGAAGACCGUUUGUCUCGCUCGUAACGCUUAUUAUAUCAUCUCACUCAUCUCUGGUGUCCUGGAGCCAUACUUCAUGAACCCAACUGAGUGGAACUUGAAAGGUUAUACGGGAUUCAUCUGGAGUGCGACGGCUUUUGCGACUUUUGUUUGGGCUUAUUAUCGUCUGCCUGAGACGAAGGGACGAACGUUUGAGGAUCUUGAUAUCUUGUUCGCGAAGAAGGUUCCUGCUAGAAAGUUCAAGGGGUAUCAGGUUGAUGCUUUUGAG